AUGACGCCCUCGGCGGACCUCCUCGUCGACGUCCCCGGCCGGGGCACGGUCACCGUUCCCGGGGGCCGGGCCAUGACGGCGGCGGCGGUCCUGAAAUCCGUCGCCCCCGCCGCGAUGACGAACAAAGACGGCGCGCCGCGCCUCGAGCUCUGGUUCGGCCGCCGGCGCUACGCGCCGCGGGACCGGCCCGACGCCGGCGAGCUCGCGCGCGUCGUCGUCGCCGGGUGCGGCCUGCGCGGCGGCAAGGGCGGCUUCGGCGCCAUGCUGCGGUCCAUGGGCAAGGCCGGCGGCGGCACGGCGACGCGCGAUUUCGGCGCGUGCCGCGACCUCUCCGGCCGGCGGCUGCGCCACGUCAACGACGAGAUCGCCCUCGAGCGCUGGCACGAGGCGCGGGCGCGCAACGAGGCGCGGAAGCGGUCCGGCGGGGCCGCCGUCGAGGAGGACGAGGCGCCCGUCGCCGGAUCGCACGGCAUCCGCGGCUGGCAUCUGGCCGUGCCCGCGUGGGCGGAGCUGCCCAAGGCGCGCAAGCCCAAGAGCGAGGUGCGCAAGGACGCGCGGAACCGCAGCUGGGCCGACGAGGAGCAGGACGUCUUAGCCUCGGGCUGCACGACGAAGGACUUCGAGGCGGACGUGACGAUGGUCGACAGCGUGCACCUGGGCUUCUGCAUCGCGGGCGGCGACUGCUACGUGCCCGCGUCGGCCAACUGCAACGCCGACGACGACUGGAGCGGCUGCGGCGCCACGCCGAAGCUCCGGGUCGGCGACACGCUGAAGAUCUCCGCGGCGCUCCGACCGCACGGUAGAAACGCGUGGAACGCGUACAAGGCGGAGCGCGUCGGCUUCGCGUCGACAAAGGGCAAGCGCGGCACGCGCGAGAAGCGCGUCGACAAGCACAUCCGCCAGCCCCGGUACGUCGAGGAAGCUCUGGCGAAGAAGCGCGACGCGCGGGACAAGGAGGCGCGGCGGCGCCGCGACGACAAGGGCGCGGAAUUGGAGUACGUCGGCUCCGAGGCCAUGGCGUCGUCCGUCGCCGCGGGGCUGCUCGCCGCGGACCGCUCGAAGAAGCAGAAGCGCAAGGACGACGCGGCGAAGGCGUCCGCGUUCCGGCCGGCGAACGCGGGCUCCGCGAGCCUCGUGACCACGUGCCUCGACACCGUCGCGGGCGAAGCCGAGCUUCGCGACGGCGGCGUCGCCCACGGCCGCUCCGAGUUCGCGACCGUCGCCGUCGCGUCCGUGGCGCCCGUCGCGGCGGGCAAGUGGUACUACGAGGCGACGAUCCUCACGGGCGGCGUCGUCCAGGUCGGCUGGUGCGCCGGCGGCUUCGAGCACGACGACGCCGAGGGCGACGGCGUCGGCGACGACGCCAGGUCGUGGGCCUUCGACGGCUGCCGGGGCCGCAAGUGGACGGCCGGCGCCGACGAGGCCUACGGCUCCGGCGAGCCCUGGGCCCGGGGCGACGUCGUGGGCUGCGCGCUCGACGCGGACGGCGGCUCGCUGUCCUUCUCGGACAACGAGGCCGUGCGCGUCGCCAUCGACGCCGCCGACUUCCGCUUCCCGCCGCCGCCGGGCCACGCGGCCCUCGGGCGGCCGGCCGACGCGGCGCCCGAAGCGCCGGCGGCCGCCGACGCGGCGCCCGAAGCGCCGGCGGCCGCCGACGCGGCGCCCGAAGCGCCGGCGGCGGCGCCCGAAGCGCCGGCGGCCGCCGAGGCGGCGCCCGAAGCGCCGGCGGCCGCCGCGCCGCCGGCGCCGCCCGCGCCGGAGGCCGCGCCGGCCCCGGCGCCGGAGCCCGAGGCGGCGCCAAAGCCCGCGUACGUCAAGCGCGCGGCCGUCGCGCCCGCGGCCCUCGACCUCGGCGACCACACGCAGGCGAGCCUCGAGGCCCUGGGCCUCGACCGGCUCAAGGCCGCGCUCCUGGCCCUGGGCCUCAAGUGCGGCGGCACAUCGGCGGACCGCGCGUCGCGGCUCCUCUCGACGCGCGGCGUCGACCGGUCGGCGUGGGACAAGAAGCUCCUCGCCAAGCCCGGUAAAUGA